GUAUCACAAUGUUGGGGUUAGUGAAGAGCUGUAUAGGCACCAAAUUUACUGGCCAAUUUGGUGAUCUGAUUGCUGAUUUAGCACUUGAUGCAACCACAACAGUUGGUGUUGAUCUUGGCCAAGGUAUACGAGAAGUGGACAUUAAGAAGUACAUAAGGGUUGAGAAAGUCCCUGGCGGCCAGUUGGAGGAUUCCAAGGUUCUCAAAGGAGUUAUGAUCAACAAAGAUGUUGUUUCCCCUGGCAAAAUGAGGAGAAAAAUUGUCAAUCCCCGUGUUAUUCUACUUGAUUGCCCUCUCGAAUACAAAAAAGGGGAGAGUCAGACAAACGCAGAGUUGGUCAGAGAAGAGGACUGGGGAGUCCUACUUAAAAUGGAGGAAGAAUACAUUGAGAAUCUCUGUGUGCAAAUAUUGAAGUUCAAACCCGACUUGGUCAUAACAGAAAAAGGGCUUAGUGAUCUGGCAUGCCAUUUCUUUAGUAAAGCUGGAGUCAGUGCAAUCAGGAGAUUGAGAAAACCAGACAACAAUAGAAUUGCCAAGGCAUGUGGGGCUGUCAUUGUCAACAGACCAGAUGAGCUUCAAGAAUCAGAUGUAGGAACUGGGGCUGGGCUUUUUGAGGUCAAGAAGAUUGGAGAUGAGUUCUUUACAUUUAUUGUUGAGUGCAGAGAUCCUAAAGCAUGCACUGUUCUUUUGCGAGGUGCUAGCAAGGAUCUUUUGAAUGAAGUCGAAUGCAACUUGCAGGAUGCCAUGUCUGUUGCUAGGAACAUCAUAAAGAAUCCAAAACUUCUCCCUGGUGGUGGUGCUACAGAGUUAACUGUAUCUGCUACAUUGAAGCAAAAGAGCUCAUCCAUUGAAGGCAUUGAAAAGUGGCCUUAUGAAGCUGCUGCAUUAGCGUUCGAGGCUAUUCCACGUACUCUAGCACAAAAUUGUGGUGUCAAUGUCAUUAGGACCAUGACUGCCCUGCAGGGGAAGCAUGCAAAUGGUGAAAACGCUUGGAUUGGUAUAGAUGGGAAUACUGGUGCAAUUACAGAUAUGAAGGAGCAAAAGAUCUGGGAUGCUUAUAAUGUUAAGGCACAAACCUUUAAGACGGCCAUUGAAGCUGCAUGUAUGCUUCUUAGAAUUGAUGACAUUGUGAGUGGAAUCAAAAAGAAGGAAGCUCCUGGGUCCCAAGCUCCAUCAAAGCCUACCAUUGAACAAGAAGGAGAUGCAGACAAUGAGCAGAUGAUACCCGAAUAG